UCCUUCCUCACAGUAGCACGGCAAUAUUUUCGUGAAGAGAUGGUUGAUCUUUCACCCCAGUCACUUACAUCUUCUACUGAUAGCAUAAUGUCACCGUCAAAUAGCAUCAGUCGUGUCUUUUCACGUCAGGGUGGAAGACAAGUCACAUCCCCUAAUCAGACAUUAGGGACAAGUCCAGACACUUCCCUCACUGACUACGUGCAUAUGUCACCAGUGGGAGUGAAAAGGACAGCAUCAACUCAUUCUAUAUCUUCCCUAGGGUGCAGCAAUGUCUUUUCAGGGGUCAGUACUCUGUCUUAUAGUGGAAUGUACUGCAAACUGUGGCAGACACUCAUUACACUGGAACGGGAUCCAUUCCCUGCUGUAGCCUCAAUGGCAAAGACAGUAGUAGAUUAUGUUAGAAGCAAAGUUGUAACUGGCUCAAGAGACAUAAUGGAACAAAAGGUAGAAUCUGCUCCAGGUACCCCAGUCAAUAAACCCAUUUUCUUGCCAUGGCUCCACAAAAGCUCAGCCACUGAAGAGUCAAUUACUUGA